AUGGAGAAAUUCCCAACAGAUGAAGAUGCCUCAAGUGAUGGCUUUGAGAUAGUCUUGCAUGACACAGAAGACGCGCCUGCCCUUAAUUCUGAUUUAUUACAUACGUAUACAGUAGAAUAUGAUGGUACAGAUAAGCCAUGGAAUAAGCCAGGCGAAGAUAUAACUGACUACUUUAAUUAUGGCUUCAAUGAGACUACGUGGAAGGAAUAUUUGAAUAAGCAGAAGAAACUGAGAGAGAAAAAUGUGAAGAUAAAAAAGAGACGGAAAUAA